ACAAAGAGAGGAAGAAUGGUGAAUAAAAACGCCCUUCUUGUUCACUAUAAGGAGUCGGUUUAUAAAUCUGAUUCGUUCGUGGUCGACACAUCAGCGCUGGUGUCGUCUCCUCGAAGGUUCCUGAAGAUCCACUCAGGGUGAAGGAUCCAGUUUCUGCAGGAGGAGGAGAGACCUGCAGGAUGUACCCUCACUGAGCCAGCAGCUGCACCAAACUCACCUGAAUACACUGUGUCUCUGACUGCACAGCUUAAUAAACCCUGCAAAGAUCCUGGUGGUUCGAUUCACCGCCUCCUACCCAGACAUCAUGACGUCCUCUAUGCUCCGCCGACAGUUAAAGAACCUGGUCCAGAACUACUCUGAGGCCGAGGUCAAGGUGAGAGAGGCGACAUCCAAUGAUCCAUGGGGUCCGUCCAGCACUCAGAUGGCCGACCUCUCCGACCUGACCUACAACGUGGUGGCCUGCAACGAGAUUAUGACGAUGCUGUGGAAGCGACUGAAAGACGACAAGAAUUGGAGACACAUCCACAAGUCUCUGACGCUCCUGGAGUACCUGUUAAAGACCGGGGACGACCGCGUGCUCCUGAAAAUGAAAGACAACAUCUACAUCGUCAAAGCCCUCACGGAGUACCGCUUUGUCGAGAAGGAUGGCAAAGAUCAGGGUUCAAAUGUGAGAGAGAAGGCCAAGGUUGUCCUCGUUCUCAUGGAGGACGAUGAAAAACUGAAGGAGGAGAGAGACUUUGCUGUGAAAACCAGAGAGAAGACGUCAAAGGGUGCUGGAGCUUCAUCAACCGAUGCCAUCAAGGAUCCAAACUACAAGCCAGUCUAUGUUGCUGGGGCAUCAGGGCUUCCAUCUAUAGACCACAUACCCUCUGUUGCUGAUUUGACUGCUUCUUUUGCCGCCCGCAAAGAGGAGCGUCUCAAACAGGAAGCCGAAAAGAAAGAAACAGAGAGAAGGGCCAAGAUGAGUGAAGACGAGCUUCAAUGGGAGGACGCAGGCAAAGGCAAUGACCUUAAAGGAGGUGCUUGGGGAGGGGAGAAAGCAGAGGAGGAAGAGGAGGAGGAGGAGGCUAAACAAGAUGCAUGGGAAACCCCUAAAGAACCGAAAGAGGCCUCAGGUCCAUGGGGCACCCCUGCAAAACCAGACACAACUGACACACCAGCCAGCAGUGAUCCUUGGGGGGCUCCAGCUAAAACAGAAGAAGAUCCAUUUGCAGCGCCAGAAGCAGAGGAAGAUCCAUUUGCUAAGCCGAAGAACGGAGAAGAUCCCUUCGGUGCACCCAAAGAUAAACCUGAUCCAUUUAGUGCACCGAAAGACGACCCAUUCAAUGCACCGAAGGACAGUUCAGACCCCUUCGGUGCACCUAAAGACAAGGAGGAUCCAUUUGCCGCACCGAAAGAUAAACCGGAUCCCUUUACGUCUAACAAUGAUCCAUUCAAUGCUCCAAAAGAUGAUCCUUUUAACGCCCCGAAAGACGAUCCCUUCAAUGCGCCGAAAGACGAUCCCUUCAAUGCGCCAAAAGACGAUCCAUUUAACGCACCGAAAGAUGAUCCAUUCAACGCACCGAAAGACGAUCCAUUCAAUGCACCAAAAGAUGACCCGUUCAAUGCGCCAAAAGACGAUCCGUUCAAUGCGCCAAAAGACGAUCCAUUUAACACCCCUAAAGACGAUCCAUUCACCGCACCAACUACACCGCCCAAAAAUGAUCCCUUUGGUGCUCCUACCACACCACCUAAAGAAGACCCAUUCUCUGCACCAUCCCAACCUUCAAAAGACGACCCCUUCGCCGCACCAACAACACCGCCAAAGGAGGAUCCUUUCUCUGCACCGUCCAAACCUACAACAGACGAUCCUUUCGGUGCACCAACAACACCACCGAAGGAGGACCCUUUCUCUGCACCACCCAAACCUGCCACAGGUGACCCUUUCGGAGCACCAACAACACCACCAAAAGCGGAUGCUUUCUCUGCACCAUCCAAACCUACGACAGAAGACCCUUUCGGAGCGCCAUUAAGCCCACCAAAAGACGAUGCCUCGGAUCUCUUCAACGCCCCUCUACUGAGCUCACCCAAAGAUAGUGCAGAUGCAUGGGGAGCCCCUUCUAGCCCUGCAGCUGCUGAUCCCUGGGGGGCACCAUCUGCUCCAAAUGAGGCCAAGAGUGGAGAUCCCUGGGGAGACGGGACAAGCGCCACCUCGCCGAUUGACAGUUCAGAUGCAUUUGGGGAUGCAUCCAAACCAGACGAUGAUCCGUGGGGAACAUCAGCUGGAGCUCCAGUUAGUGCAGACGAUGCAUGGGGUGCACCCGCUCCGCCCUCAGACUCCUCCCCAUCGAGUGACCCCUUUGGAGACGGAUCUAAAAAAAGUGACCCAUGGGGAGCACCGAGUGACGCUGCUAGCAAUGGGACAGGGAAGCAGACGGCGCAGGAAAUCGAGACGCACAGAAAGACUUCUUCAUUUCUGGGCACGGCGGGGGCGUCGCUUGUUGACUUGGACGAUCUAUUUUCCUCUAACCCCAAACCCAAACUGCACCCUCUCGUCGACGCGCACACCACCCAGACACGAGCCAUCGGCACCUUUAAAACCCGGGCCUUGUCUCCUGGAUCAGGGGCUGCUGCAGGGAUGCCCCUUCCUGAAACUUCAGCCCCAAACUACACUCCCUUUGGUUCGACUUUGGCUCCCUCCUUUGGUGCACGGUUUCCCACUUUGGCAGCUGCUUCCAAUGAAGCUCCACUAUUUCAACCUCCGUCUUAUAUCACGGGAGGGUCUCACUCGCUUCAGGCAAGUCCUACGUAUUCAGGAAUGGGGAUGGUUCAACCUGCAUCCAUGGCAGGAAGUCCACGAAUGGGACUCAACAUGAACCCAGCGUAUGGAGAAGUGGGAACAAAGCAGUCUGCGUCUCUGAUGGGGAACCCCUUGGCGAGUCCCCUCUUUUUAGGACAAAGUACGAGUCAGUCCGGUAUCUUUGGAGGGAAUUGGCAAACAGGAGUCGCUCCACAAGCUGAGAGUGGUGUCUCAAUGCAGGCACAGUUUCUUUCAGGGAGUGGGUUGGGUGACACGGCAAACAAAACCAAUAAUCCAUUCCUGAUGUAACAACCUAACAUGUUAUCUUAAGUAUGAGGCUUCAUAUUUAACAAAAACAGCAAGUGGUUUUACAUGUUCUGGCUCUCAUGAUGUCCCUUAUGUCAACAUUAAUAUCUUAAAAUUAGCUAAAUCACGUGGUAAAAUUGACCUGAAAUUGAAGACUUCCUGCAGUCCUCUUCUUAUAGAGGUUUGGUCAUCCUACCUGACACGACAAGACGACCACCCCCCCUGACUGUCUUAGGACAGCAUCCCAGUUGGGUGACAGCAUGUAGGCCCCCUCAUCCGGGUUCCCUGUCCUCUGGGCCUGCUUCCUGAUCUCUACAGCCUCCCUUAUCACAUCAUGAAACUGGAUGAGGGGGCCUACAUGCUAUCGCACUCUGUGUGCUGUCCUAAGACUGUUGGACAACAGGGUGUUGGUCUUCCUGUCGUAUUAGGUCGGAAGACCAAACCUCUAUAAAUCAGCUGACAGACGUCACAACAACACCACGUGACUCCUGAAGAAGACUGCAAGAAGUUUGUAGUCUGAACAUCUAUCUUCUUCUAUCUUGACCGCUUAUCCUGUUUGGGGUCACGGGGGGCUGGAACCAAUCCCAGCUGACUUUGGGGGGAAGGCAGGGUACACCCUGGACAGGUCGCCAACCUAUCACAGGGCAAACAUGGAGAGACAAAGAACUAUUCACAUACACACUCACACCUACGGGCAAUUUAGAGUGACCGAUUAACCUGUAGAGAAUGUUUUUGAUCUGAGGGAGGAAGGCGGGCCUUUAGCCUUUUCGCUAACAGCUACAGGGUGCCCGCCUGUCAACCAAGUAAACCAUGCCCUUAUUUGGGCAAAACUUGUACGUUUAAUAUCUUC